AUGGCUGAACAACCCGUGGCCGAAUCCUAUUUUUUUGCGUUGUCGUCUUCCACUGAAAAAACUUUGACGGAAGAGACUUCCAUUCCUGAAGAUGCUCAUCAACAAGCCAAGUCUCGGGCAACUUACGCAUCCUUUGGAGAUGGAAGAGUUACAGCGACUGCGAAUGCAUACGGCCACUUGCUCCAAAUCACGCGUUAUGCUGAGGAAGAGCCAUCCUGUUUUGUUUGUGUGGAUCUUGAAGAGACGCCACCUCCUUCUUCCAUCACAGAACGUAUGGUCACUCUGCAAUCAAACAUUGGAAGAGAUGACAUGGGAAUGCGUCUUAUAAUUGAAGACUACAGUGGCCGAGAUGCAUGGGAAGUCAAAAAAACUAUACCAAAGAUGACGUUUCACCAUGAUCGUUGGCCAUGCUUCAUCAGAGAGACGACAUAUUUCGACCAAGUUAUAGAAUAUUUCGUCAACGGAGAUACUGUUUACCAGAUAUACACGUACACGCCCAACCCGACAGUAAAAGAGAGACCGAUUUUUCCAAAUUUGAGUAUAAACGAUAAGAUGCUCAUUCGGGAUCUUGAUUUCCUGAAAAGCCGUAAUCCUCAGGAAACAAACAAUUCAACACAAAAUGAUUCACUUCAAGAAACGAGUGAUGGGUAUGUCAUCAAGAAACAAAAAUCGAACCAGAACACGGAGUCCAAUGUUGUUCUGUCAAUAAAAUCAUUUAUCAACGGUAUUCAACAACCGAUUCGUGGUAAUCGGAUUUAUCCACUUAAAAAGAUGGAUGAUUAUCUACAGGAGAAUGGAGCGGUACAAAUUACAUUGGCCUACACUCUAGAGAUACCACGAAAUAACGACGAUAAUAUCACCACCUCUUCUUCUCCCCAAGGCGGAGAAACUUUGAAACAGAUCGUGGGCAUUCCGCUCAAUACUCCAUUCAGUAUCCCAUCAUUUACUACUGACAAACAUCUCAAUUUUACACUAAGACGAAACUUGGAACACAUUUUAUCUGUUUGCAGUAUUCCAAUUGAUAAUCCUCCAGCUAAGGUACCGCCUAUUACUGAUGGCGUUACCAUCGAUCAUCCUCCAGCUGAGGUACCGCCUAUUACUGAUGGCAUUGCUGUCGAUGAACUUUUAGAUAAGGUGCCAUAUAUAGCUCUGACCUGUGGAGACAUCUCUGGUCAUCGCAUUUCAACUGCAGCAAGUUUGUACGUACCACAGCGUUCCUAG